UCCUCGACCCCUCCACAUGAUCCAUUUCUCAUCAAUCUUUCGUAAAAACCAAACUUCAAAACGUGGCGCAGACGUUUCAUUUUCAUAAUUUUUACCAAUCCCUUUUCCCUUGGACUCAGUCCCCCCUCUUUUCUUCAAUCCCAAAUCCCGUCCUCUGGCGGCAGCACACUAUUUUUCUCUCCCCAGGAUUCAAAAACCCACCAAGAAAAUUAAAAUGAAAUAGCCUACGCGCUUUGUUUUUCUUCUUUUGGACUUUCUUUUGUGGUUGGUUUGCCUUAGCUUUCUGGGUUUUCAUCCACUUGCUGUUUUAAUCAAUACCCAUUUUUCUUCUGCUCGAUUUGGAGCUUUGGAACUCAGUUGGGUUUGCGUUGAUUUUGGUUUUGAAAUGGGUGAGGUUGAGAAUCGGAAUUUCCAUCGGUUCAGGAACCGAUUGCGGGUUUAUGGGGUGGUGGUUGUGAGUUUGCUGUUUCAGAGUUUUCAUUUGUGUUGGUCGCUGAAUGAAGAAGGUUUGACUCUUCUCAAGUUCAGAGAGAGAGUCGUGAAUGAUCCGUUUGGCGCUUUAUCUAACUGGAAUGAUCACAAAGAAGAUAUUAAUCCAUGUUUUUGGUUAGGAGUUGAAUGCUCAGAUGGGAAAGUUGUAGCCCUGAAUUUGAAAGAUCUUUGUCUUGAAGGAACACUUGCUCCUGAGCUUAAGAACUUAGUCCAUUUAAAAUCUAUUAUUUUGCGAAACAAUUCUUUUACUGGAACCAUCCCUGAAGGAAUAGGAGGGCUUGAAGAACUGGAGGUGCUAGAUUUAGGGUACAACGACUUCUGUGGAGCACUUCCAGCUGAUCUUGGCAGUAAUCUCUCACUUGGAAUUCUUUUGCUGGAUAACAAUAAGCAUCUUGGUGGUUUAUCUCCUGAAAUUUAUCAGCUUCAAUUACUUUCUGAGUUUCAAAUUGAUGAGAACCAGCUAUCUAAUACAGCUCAAGGAUCAUUAGGAAACAAAGAAUCCGUUUCAUGUGAUGCUGUUCAAAUAAAAGAAACUAGUGCAAGAAGACAGCUCCGGGGGCCAGCUACUCUUGCACGGUCGAUAAAUCAGCCUGAAGCUACACAAUCUCCGGGCAUUUCACUAACACCUCCAUCUCUAGCUCCGCCACCACCUAAUAAUACUGCCGUAGUUAUCGCCCCAAAAGGGAAUGAGACAGACAACGGAACUAUUUCAGUUCCUUCACCUCCUCAAUUUUCUCCUCCACCUCCUCAGUUCGCUCUACCUCCCCCUCCUCCUUCAGAGACAUCUCCGCCAGCUGAAUCCAAUAAAUCAACUUCGGGGAAGGGGCCCAACGUUGGUGUAGUUGCAGGAGUAAGUAUAGGGGCUGCAAUAUUUGUUAUUGCAUUGGUCGUUGGCAUUUACCUCUGGACUAGCCAUAAGGCCACUGUCAGACCGUGGGCGACAGGAUUAAGCGGACAGCUUCAGAAAGCAUUUGUUACCGGUGUGCCAAAGCUGAAAAGAUCAGAGCUUGAAGUAUCUUGUGAGGAUUUCAGUAAUGUAAUCGGUUAUUCACCUAUCGGCCCGGUCUAUAAAGGGACUUUGUCUAGCGGAGUUGAAAUAGCCGUGAACAUCAUUUCGGUGAAGUCUUCUAAAGAUUGGUCGAUGGCGUUGGAAACUCAGUUCAGAAAAAAGAUCGAUACACUAUCGAAACUAAAUCACAAGAACUUUGUCAACCUGAUUGGGUAUUGCGAGGAAGAGGAGCCCUUUAGUAGAAUGAUGGUUUUCGAAUAUGCUCCUAACGGAACGUUGUUUGAACAUCUGCACGAUGAAGAAUUUGAGCACUUGAACUGGAGGAUGCGACUUAGAAUAGCGAUGGGCAUGGCUUACUGCCUUGAAUAUUUACACGAGCCGAACACACCGCUGAUCCAACUCAACCUUACUUCGUCAGCCAUCAACCUGACUGAGGAUUAUGCAGCAAAGGUUGCAGAGUGCAGUUUGCAAAACGAAAUCGUUGCAGACGAGUGGACCUGCGCCAGCAGAUAUCUCUUAAACACAUCAUCAGGAGGCCCAGAGAGCCAAAUCUACAGCUUUGGAUUAGUAUUAUUGGAACUAAUGACAGGUAAGAUCCCUCAUUCAGCAGAAAAUGGAUCACUUGAAGAAUGGGCAAUACAGUACUUGAGAUUGGACAAACCGCUCAAGGAGCUUGUCGACCCGACACUCGCAUCGUUCCAAGAGGAGCAGUUGGAGCAGAUCGGUCAGUUGCUAAGAUCUUGCUUACAUUCCAAUCCAGUGCAGAGACCAGCAAUGAAGCUCAUCACUGCAAGAUUGAGAUCAGUAACUGGGAUAACCCCGGAUGAAGCGAUCCCGAAACUUUCCCCUCUUUGGUGGGCUGAGCUCGAGAUUGCGUCGGAGGCACGAUAAACGUGAAGACUGGGUUGUUGUAAGUAUGAGCCAGAAAUUCCCAGUAUAUUGUCUAGUUUCCUGCUGGAUGAUACUGUAGAUAUCAUCACUUUAGAAGUUUUGCUUGUAUAUAAGUGAGGUAGGUAAAAUAUAUAUAUACACACAUGUAAGAUUUAGGCUAUUUUUUUUCCUUCUUUUUCUUUUUAAUGUGAAAAACUAUUUUUACGAAAUAUUACGAGUGCACAAUGAAGUGUACAUGAAAAGGAAUGUUGAUGUUAUACCAAUGAAAGAUUCAAAAUUUUCUUUGAAA